AUGAAGAACCUCGCUCUUUUGCUCGCGGCCGCCGGCUCGGCCAGCGCGGCGGCGCUGCCGUCCUACAUGGGCCAUCCCGUCGACCCACAGUAUCUUCCGCGAGCGGUGCAGGAAGAUCUGGAGAAGCGCCAGGGGUUGGGGGGGAUGAUUUCGGGGAUGCUCAAUCCGGCUGGGUUUGGGAAAGUUCCGGCACCGGCUGGGGCCGCGGCAGCGAAGCAGGUUCUCGAGCCGCGGAUCGAGGGCGCGCAGACGGUGAAGAUCCGAUAUGGACCCUAUAAGAUUCCGGGUUCCAACGUUACGCACGCCUUGUCGGGGCACAGUGGCACGCUGUUCAAUUAUCCGGAUAAGGAGGCGCCGAAGCCGUGCGAUGAGUGUGUCAUUGUCGGCAUGAACGCCGGGCUGGAGUUCCCGGAUGGGGCCAACGCGAACAUCGACAAGGGGCUUUGGCUGCACCACUACGUCCACUUCGCUGUCGGUCCUGGCCGCAACGAUGCCACUUGCGCGGGAGCGAGCCUGUCCCUUCCCCACAUGAUCAUCGGCUCCUCCGCCACCGCCUCGGAGAGAAUGUGGUCGUCCGGCAACGAGCGUACCCCCUCCUUCUUCCAGGACGUCCCCAUGAAGAUCGGCUACCACCUCCGCGCGUCGGACGAAUUCCGCCUCAUCGUCGACCUGAUGAACGAAAACGUCGAGGAAGCCCUCGCGUACCUCACACUCACGUACGAUUACAUCGACGGCAGCCCGGCCGGCUACGAUGACCUCCGCCCCGUGUGGUUCGACGCGAACAACUGCGGGACGUCCGAGGUCAUGCCGACGUCGGAGACGGGGAAGUUCACCGUCACCGCAAAGCCGUGGACCGCAAAUUUCGACGGCGAUGUGGUCGGGUAUGCCGGUCAUCUGCACGACGGCGGGGUCUCCUCGUCGCUGUCGGUCGAUGGGAAGGAGAACUGCGUGAGCAGCGCGAAGUACGGCGAGACGCCGGAGUACAUCGGUGGGGGCCAUGGGCACGGGGGGGGCACGGACAUGGGACACGACAUGGAAGGCGGGACGGCGGUCGAGCAUAUCAGCUCGAUGUCGCUGUGCAAAUAUCCGUUGCCGGUGCCGCAGUUGAAGAAGGGCCAGAAGUGGGAGCUAAAAGGGAACUACGACUACGAUGUGUACAAAGGGGUGCUCGACCACGGCGGAAAGCAGUCAUCCAUCAUGUCUAUUGCGAUCAUGUUUGUCCGCAUCCCGAAGGGUCAAGCAACUGCUGGUCAGUACCAGAAUUCGGCCGCUCCCGCCAGCACCAGCAUCGGAGGGCUUAUGGGAGGCCUUGGUGGUGGUGGUGGCCUGGGAGGGCUCUUGGGUGGAAGCGGUACGUCGGGAUCGUCGGGAUCGUCGGGAUCUUCGGGAUCGUCGGGAUCAGGGGAAUCGGCUAACAGUGGCGGGAGUAGCUUGAGCGGUUUGGCUAGUCUUUUUGGAGGAAGUAGCUCUAGCUCCAGUGGCCAAGGAGGUGGUAGCAGCAGUGGUGGCUCCGGGCUGUUCAGUGGACUUGGGAGCCUGUUCUCCGGGCUGUUCAAUUAA